AUGAGAACCUCUGCUUAGUAAGCGACUUAUCGGGGAGGUUAGAAUGUGGCAAAAGUGACAGAUCGUGUGCGAAUGAUAAAUAAGUGAUUUUGGCAUUCGUAUAAUUGAAAUUUUUAUACACAAUGGAUCCAGCAUUGCUCAGAGAGCGGGAACUCUUUAAAAAAAGAGCUCUCAGUACACCAGCGGUAGAGAAGAAGAGAAAGGAACAGGAUAAAGAUUCUGCACGAGAUGAACCUCUUAAAAAGAAACCCAAACCAUCCACUGUGUCUACGGGUCCAAAGCUGGACAUGGUUAACUACAAAACCAUGUCUGGUAGUACCCAAUAUAAAUUUGGUGUCCUAGCAAAAAUAGUGAAACACAUGAAGACUAGGCAUCAAGAAGGAGAUGAUCAUCCUUUAACACUAGAUGAAAUCUUAGACGAAACAAAUCAAUUAGAUGUUGGAUCUAAGGUAAAACAAUGGCUUCAAACUGAAGCUCUUGUUAAAAAUCCAAAGAUCGAAGUUACUUCAGAUGGUAGAUUUGUAUUUAAAGCUAUGUAUAAAAUCAAAGAUAAGAAGUCUCUGUUAAGAUUGCUUAAACAGCAAGAUUUGAAAGGUCUUGGGGGAAUAUUAUUAGAAGAUAUACAAGAAAGUUUACCGCACUGUGAUAAACAUUUAAAAAGUCUGCAAAAUGAAAUAUUAUUUAUAACGAGGCCCAUGGAUAAGAAAAAAAUUGUAUUCUACAAUGAUAAAACUGCCCAGUUUCCAAUAGAUGACGAGUUUCAAAAGUUAUGGAGAGCUGUUGCAGUUGAUGCAAUGGAUGACCAAAAAAUUGACGAAUAUCUUGAGAAGCAAGGUAUACGAUCGAUGCAAGAUCAUGGUCCCAAGAAGCCAGCUCCAAUUAAACGAAAGAAACCGAUUAGUAAAAGGAAACAAUUUAAGAGGCCAAGGGAUAAUGAACAUUUGGCAGAUGUUUUAGAAACAUACGAUGAUGCAAAAUAGGUCUUAUGAAGAAAGUUUACGAGAUUGGAAACUUCGAUUUUUCUCAAACUUUGCAUAAUUGUAAGGAACAUUAGAAGUAAUAGUUUUGCGGAAUAGUAAGGUGCAACUCUUUGAAUUGAUGGAGAAAUGUACGUUCAAGGUUAGAGAGCUUUACCUACUAUUACUCAUAGAUAUAUAAUUUAUUAUCGCGAGUUAAAUCGUCGUGUAUUGUCACGCAUAAGAUUGCCAUAAAUUGUAUCAUAACAAGUUAGACCGCCAUAAUUUAUAUCGCGAUGUAUAAAAUCGCCAUAAGUUGUAUCAUGACAUGUUAGACCACUAUAAUUAAUAACACGACACGUUUUGCAACAUGUUAGAUCACAAGUUAUAUCGCAACUUGUUACAUUGUAACACGUUAAUUCGCCGUGAGUACUACGUGUUAUAUUGCAAUGUAAAUGUAUUAUGGAUUCCUUGCAUCGCGAUGUGUUGUAUCGCAACGUGUUUAAUCGUCAUAACUCGCAUUACGAUGCACUUUAGUAUAACGCGUCGUACAGGCAUGUUUAAUCACCAUAAGUUGCAUUACGACGUAUCCUAUUACAUCGCGUUAUAUUGCAAUAUGUUUAGUCACCAUAAGUUGCAUUACGACGUAUCCUAUUACAUCGCGUUAUAUUGCAAUAUGUUUAGUCACCAUAAGUUGCAUUACGACGUAUCCUAUUACAUCGCGUUAUAUUGCAAUAUGUUUAGUCACCAUAAGUUGCAUUACGACGUAUCCUAUUACAUCGCGUUAUAUUGCAAUAUGUUUAGUCACCAUAAGUUGCAUUACGACGUAUCCUAUUACAUCGCGUUAUAUUGCAAUAUGUUUAGUCACCAUAAGUUGCAUUACGACGUAUCCUAUUACAUCGCGUUAUAUUGCAAUAUGUUUAGUCACCAUAAGUUGCAUUACGACGUAUCCUAUUACAUCGCGUUAUAUUGCAAUAUGUUUAGUCACCAUAAGUUGCAUUACGACGUAUCCUAUCACAUCGCGUUAUAUUGCAAUAUGUUUAGUCACCAUAAGUUGCAGUGUAUUACAUUGCAUCGCUUCGCGUUAAAUCGCCAUGUUGUAUCACAACUCACUGUUUACUGGCGUUUUAUAUUAGGACUCGUUAUAUAUUGCAAUUCGUUGAUACCACGCGUUACAGUGCCUUUCAAAAAUACACAAAUCUUCAAAAACUAGAACAUUUGUUGGUGAGCCUAAUACAUCCCUGCAUCGGCAAUAUAUCGAGAGUCUACUAUACGUUACGAAAUAACACAGAAUGAACUCAACUGUAUUUUUUAUCCAAAUAGCAGGUAUUGAUUAAACUGAUUUUUCGAUGAGGCUAAAAUACCAUCGCAUCGGCAAUAUAUCGAGAGUCUACUAUACGUUACGAAAUAACACAGAAUGAACUCAACUGUAUUUUUUAUCCAAAUAGCAGGUAUUGAUUAAAAUGAUUUUUCGAUGAGGUUAAAAUACUACCGGAUCGGCAAUAUAUCGAGAGUCUACUAUACGUUACGAAAUAAUACAGAAUGAACUCUAACUGUAUUUUCUAUCCAAAUAGCAGGUAUUAAUUAAAAUGAUUUUUCGAUGAGGCUAAAAUACCACCGCAUCGGCAAUAUAUCGAGAGUCUACUAUAAUUGCGGUACCAAAUAAUGCAAAAUAAAUUCAAUUGUUUUUAUUCCCAAAUCAAAUAGCAGGUAUUGAUCAAAAAAAAUUUUCAAUGAGCCUAAAAUACCAAUGCAUCGGCAAUAUAUUGAGAGUCUACUACGAUUACGUUACAAAAUAAUACAGAAUAAAUUCAAUAGCUUUUAUACGCAAGUCAAAUAGCAGGUAUUGAUCAAAAUGAUUUUCAAUGAGCCUAAAAUACCAAUGCAUCGGCAAUAUAUUGAGAGUCUACUACGAUUACGUUACAAAAUAAUACAGAAUAAAUUCAAUAGCUUUUCUACGCAAGUCAAAUAGCAGGUAUUGAUCAAAAUGAUUUUUGAUGAGCUUAAAAUACCACUGCAUCGGCAAUAUAUCGAGAGUCUACUAUAACUCCGUUACCAAAUAAUACAGAAUAAAUUCAAUUAUUUUUAUUCCGAAAUCAAAUAGCAGUCAUUGAUCGAAAUGAUUUUUCAAUGAGCCUAAAAUACCACCGCAUCGGCAAUAUAUCGAGAGUCUACUAUAACCACGUUACGAAAUAUUACAGAAUAAAUGCAAUUGUUUUUCUAGCCAAAUAGCAGAUAUUGAUCAAAAUAACCUGUCAAUUUAACAAACAAUUCCAGAAUCAAUACUGCAUUUCUUCAGGACAUUUUGUUAAUUAAAAUUUGACAGACCACAAUGAACGAACAAAUUGUAUUAAUUAAUUCCACGAGAGAAGAACGAAAUUUUCACCGACUCUCAAUUUGUACAUUUCGAUGUUGAAGAGGUCGACGUUUCCAAAUAUCCUGCACGCGGUUCCAUUUACCGGCUGUCUCGUGUCUCCCCUUGGUCGGGAUCAAAACGAGAUCAGCCGAGGCGUUUCGCCUCGUGUUCCUCUUCGAACGAAAGUUUAAAUACAGUCGACGUCUUUGGAUGAAAGAAAUGAGGGGAACGGUGAAAAGCCGGCGGAGAAAGAAGCGGCAUCGAGGUGCGUUCGAGCCUCGUGGAACGAAGAAGGCUCGACUCGAUGGUUACAUUAAUAGAACAGUUCGCACAUGUUCCGUGGAAUCUCAAGAAUUUACUCUGGCGUCUAACGAUGUACCAUCAUAGCACGUAAGUGGCGUUAAGGCUAGAUCAGGCUCCCUGCGGAUCUAUGAGCCAUCGUGUUUUCGUGGCUCCCGAAUUUAUUCGUGUACGUCUACGAAUUGCAGACUUUUCUUGGAAAGCAUACGUUGUUGAUGUAACUCAUUUGCAAACAAUAUGUACAAGGAUUAAGGGAAAUCUUCACGGGUUAAGAUGGGUAAUGGCUGAGAAAUUAAACUUCGACUGUCUCGUAAAUGCGUACUCUCGAAAUUAAAAUUUUACUGUUCUAAUAAAGUAUUUGAGAUUGUACGUUUAAUUGUAUUUGAGAGAUGGUACGCUUAAUUAUAUUUUAGAGAGAUUGUACAUGGUUAUGUGUAUUUUGUUUAUUUUUUCUUGCUUUAUUUUGUUUUUCUUUGAAGAACAUAUUUUCAGAUGAGGAUAAAACUGUUUUCGAGUUAACACGUGUUCCUUUUUCCAUUGCGUGUGAAAGUAAAUUCACUUCAAAUGAUUUGUAAUAAUUUCAUGUAUGAUAGGUGGCAAUAUAACGUCUAGUAAUUUCGUAUACGGCGAUAUAUUGUAUAGAAAUUCCACAUAUGGCGAUAUAACGU